UUAUAAUUGAUAUAAAAAUAUUAUCAUUCAGAAUAUCAAAAAUGGAGGAAGAAAAGACUACAAAAGACAAUAGGAGAGUGCAAAAAGUCACAGGACGGUGGAAGAGGCAUGAGCAUAAGUUGUUUGUAGACUGCCUUAUGAAAUAUGGUAAAGAUUGGAGCAAAUUGGAGACAUGAGUGCCAACAAGGACAUCGAUUCAAAUCAGAAGUCAUGCACAGAACUACUUUGAUAGUAUCAAGAAGCAAUAUGGGACAGAAAAUCCAAUCGAAUUUAUCCAAAAUGACUUAAAUUAACAAGUUUUGAAAUAUUAGAGGUCUCGAGAAAAAUAAUAAUAAUAUGAACAUGGUGAAACAAGAAAAUGAGCCAAAGCCGGGCUCCCAAAAAAUGCUAGAUAAUUUUUCUAGCCAUCCAAACACUCUCAGAAGCCAAGAGAGUCAGAGAUUUUCCCAAAGGCAGAACAGAAAAUAGAGUUAAUGAAGAAUUUUAUGGCAUGUCUUCAGAACAGAGGCUUCAUUCUUCUAAUAAAUAUUUCAAAGACCAAAAUGGAGUUCACAGAGAUAUUUCUAAUUCUUCAAAUUCAGAUUAUGUAUACCUCAACAGAGGAACUGUUAUGGUCAAAGCUAAUAAAAUUGAGACUGGAGUUUCCUGAGAUAUUGAUACUAGUACACUUCCAAGGGAAAAUUCAUCAAUAAAGUGAACUUACUCAAAUCAGCAGAAUACAGAGAAAAGAAAUACAAAAUUUAAGAACGUUAAUGCACUUGGAUAUGUUUUCCCAUUUCAACAUUACCGUAAUUCCACUAUUUUGUCAUCCAAGAAUGACAAUAAUACGAUGAAAUUUGAUCGCUAUACGAAUAAAUUCACACAAGUAGAGAAUAAUUCCCAUCAGCCCAAACCUCCUUCUAAUUUUAUUACCCAACUAAGUCCAUUUCACCAAGAUCUUAUUGGAAUAUUUGGAAAACUAUUUUGCCUCAGAGAGUACAACAUCAACUGUUUCGAACCCUCUAAUAGCCAAAUUAAUUUUCCCAGCAGCAGUGCUCUUGCAGAAAAUGGUAAUCCAAACUGAAGCUUUUUAUCAUCCUCCCCAGAUAGGAUCCUCAAGAGCUACAGCUCCAGGAGAAACCUCAACAACUCCCAUCCAAUCUGCUUCAACAAGGCUAACCAGGACUAUUUCGGACCUCACAGAGACCCUAAAAAGAAUCAAAAUCACAAUGAAGGUCCUAAGAAGUUAUAAUUUCAUACUAUUUCAUGCAUAAAAGUUCAUCCCUGACCUCUGACUUCA